UUUAAAAGCAGUGUUGUUGUGAAAAUGGUCAAAAACCGCUGGCUAAACGCUAACUAUGCUAAUGCAGUCACAGUACAUGUCAGUCACAGAGUUUGUCCAGCUCUCCUUCAGUUUAAUGAUCGUCUUCAGAAUUAUCGUUUCAUAUACUUGGGCGAUAUUAGGCUAAAUUAUGCCAGUCUCUGAAAAGAGCCGCUUUAGUGUUUGUUUAAGAGUGCUUGUAGCUGCUUUAGCACGCCAGCUAACAGAGUCAUUGUUCUCAGUGCAGCAGCAGCAAACAGGAUUAUUUAACCUGCUCGAGGAGCUCAGAUGGUUAAACCGCCGCUGAUGGUGUAUAUAACGCAUGUCUGCGAACAUUUGCGUCGUUAUAGGUACACGUAGGCGUGCAAAUGCGCGCUGCAGCUGUUUUUUUCAGAGGCUGGAAGACAAUAACACAGUGAAGUGAAGGGUGGUAGUUAUUAUUUACUCCUAAACAGAGAUAGGAUCAAUGUAACGUGACAGAUAAGUGUGUAAAUAAGACGACAUCACAUAGAAUGAAGAUCUGAAGUGGAUGUGAAUAUGGAUGCAGAGCUCAAAGACUGUUUCAGAUCUACAAGACAUUAAUGAAAGGGACACAGGAGCGUCUGAGCCCCGUACUGCGAGAUGUGACAGGAUGCUGAACCAUCACUGCAGAAGGAACCCAGAGUUACAGGAGGAGCUGCAGAUCCAGGCGGCAGUGGCGGCCGGCGAUGUCUAUACCGUCCGCAAGAUGCUGGAGCAGGGCUACUCGCCCAAGAUCAGAGACGCCAACGGCUGGACGCUGCUGCACUUCUCUGCGGCGAAGGGGAAGGAGCGCUGCGUGCGCGUGUUCCUCGAACACGGAGCGGAUCCCACUGUGAAGGAUUUCAUCGGAGGCUUCACAGCUCUGCAUUAUGCCGCCAUGCACGGUCGCGCCCGCAUCGCCCGCCUCAUGCUGGAGUCCGAGUACCGCAGCGACAUCAUCAACGCCAAGAGCAACGACGGCUGGACCCCGCUGCACGUGGCGGCACACUACGGCCGCGACUCUUUCGUGCGUCUCCUCUUAGAGUUCAGAGCCGAGGUGGACCCUCUCAGUGACAAAGGCACGACGCCGCUGCAGCUGGCCAUCAUCCGCGAGCGCUCCAGCUGCGUGCGCAUCCUGCUCGACCACAGCGCCAACAUAGACAUUCAGAACGGCUUCUUGUUGCGAUACGCUGUCAUUAAGGGCAACCACUCGUACUGCCGCAUGUUCCUGCAGCGGGGAGCGGACACUAACCUGGGCCGGCUGGAGGACGGCCAGACGCCGCUGCACCUGUCGGCCCUCAGAGACGAUGUGCUGUGCGCGCAGAUGCUGUACACGUACGGAGCCGAUACGAACACGAGGAACUACGAGGGCCAGACGCCUGUGGCUGUUUCCGUCAGCAUGUCUGGCAUCAGUCGGCCCUGUCUGGACUUUCUGCAGGAGGUCACAAGGCAGCCCAGGACUUUGCAGGAUCUGUGCAGGAUAAAGAUCCGGCAGUGCAUCGGCCUGCAGAGCCUGAAGUUUCUGGAAGAUCUGCCCAUUGCCAAGGUCAUGAAGGACUACCUAAAACACAAGUUCGACAACGUUUGACAGAAGCCGACCGACUCGUUUCUGUAGGUUCCCUUAAGACUCUAUGCAAACUCGAAACCUCUGGGAGCAGGUGCAGCGUUUUGUACAAGCGGAGUGAAAUGCUGUGAAUCGGGGAGCACUGUAAUGGCCAUGUUGAUUCGUUCACUGAAGGUGUCGUGGAGAAAUCCCUGACCCAUGAGGGAAGAAAAAUUCAGACGUUUGAUUUGUACCAAAUAUCGUUUUUGUUCUUAAAUCAGCACAGCCUUUGUAAGUAUUAGACUUUUUCUAUCAGAUACAUUCUCAAACAAGGAAAAGAUAUCCAGAGAAAUUGGCAAAUAAUCAGGUCGCCCUCAUAAAAAUAUGCAUGUGCUAUUGUUAUUUUUGCUGUGGAGAAAUCAUUUCCAACCACAGCCCAUUAAGUCAUUAACCCUUUGUUGAGAAUCCCAUUCGUUUGUAUUGAAAAGCGUACCAAAAACCCCACAGGCUCUCAGAUUUUUUUUUUGAUUCUCAGUGAAUUUAAUAUUUUUUUUUUUUUUUUUUUUUUUUUUUUUUUUUUUACAAGCUGUCAAUAUCAGAGGUGCUUGGCUUUAGUUUCCAUUAAAAGGUGAAGAAAAAGUCCUGGUUGCGAGAGGUCUACAAAGGUGAACAUGUAUUACAUGCAUAAAUCAUUAACAAACUUUAUGUAAAUAUUUGUGUCAUAUGUACAGCAGAUAUUUUUAGACUAUUUAAGCUUGUGUUUUGGGGGGUUUUGUUGAGCGCUUCUCUGUGUUUUUCAUGCGACCUGUCAAGGGCUUUGAUGUUGGAACGUCCGGAUCUGUGAUUAAAUGGAAAAUAAGUCAUGCUUAAUUGUAAUUGGCCAUCAUUGUCUUGUUAUAAUGGACAUGAAAAUUUUUGCAAUCAGUAACUUGCAGAUGUAACUUGCAGAUAUAAUAUAAUGAUUUGAAAUGCACUUAAUUUUUUUUCUACAAAAUAUAAGCAUUAGUCAAAGGUCUGCAUAGCAUUAAGUUUAUUCAGUUCAUUUGGCACUUCUUCAUCGCUGCUUUAUUUUCAAUCUGUCCCCCUAAAAUCUCAGUCAAGAGACUCCCGCUCACUGUUACGCUAGACUUUUUUUUUUUUAUCCAAACCGGUUCGAACACUAGCUGCCUUUACUUCAGUCCGUGACGCAGGACAGCUACAGCAUUUCACCACAUCAUGAACACACUUCAAGUGCAUUAAAGUGACCUGCCACAACAUUUCAGUUAUUUCUGUUUUUAGUUAAGUUUAGGGCGUUUGUUUGGACUGAGAGCAUCUCUGGAUGACUGCUUGCUACCAUAAUGUAUUCAGAAGCAGGUCUGGAGGACUGGUUUGAGAGCCAGGGGACGUUAUAUGGGAUUUGUCUUCACUAAUCGGAAGUCUUCCACAGCUUCAACUACUGAAUGUAUAUAAUCUGCUGUUUCACAUGAACGUGUGUGAAUAAAUGGAUCUCAUAA